AUGCAAUUUACUCCAAAAGUAUCUGAUUUCGACUUUGAGAGACCUUCAAUAAAAGUUUACAAACUGAGUUAGCAACUAGUCUUCAAUAAAGCUGUAUCUGAAUAAAAAAUAAGAAGAUCUAGAGCGAUUUCAGAUAUAUUAGAUUAACCCUCAAAAUAAAUGGAUUUCAAGGAGGAAAUAAAAAAGUUAGAACAAAUUGAAAAGCCUUAAGAGCUAAAAAGGGAAAUAUUUAGAUAAAUUAAACAAACUUGCAGGGAAUUUAGAAAUGUCGAAAGAGAAAGAGAUGGGUCAUUAUGGGUAAAAUCAUUUUGUACUAAUGAAAAAAUUUAACUAAGCAAAUUAUUCUAAGGAACUUAAAAUAUACAAACAAUAGAUUACAAAAAGUUUCAUUCAAGAAGAAACAGCAAAGUAGUCAUAAUUGCCAAAAAGAAGGAAGUUGAAGUUCCAAAAUUAUCUUAGUUAUUACAAAGAGCUUAAUAAUAACAAAGUAAACCUAGACCUUCGUAAAUAAGGUUAAGAUUAAAAAGCAAAAAUCUGUCUUAAGAAACUAUAUAAGAACAGGAAAUCUUUACAGAAAGAGAGUGUUAAGUUAAUUUAGCAACUCAUAAAAUAGAUGCCGAUACAAAGAAACCUAAUAAAGAAAUAGAUGGUCAAAAUAUGAAGGAAUUUGAUGAGAUGCUUCAAUUCUAUAAUCAAGACAGAAUAGUUAAAACCUCUUAGUAUAUUAUCCGUAGAAGAAUAGAUUAUAAAAAAAUAUUACAUGAGUUAAAAAAAAAACUAUAAUACGUCAGUAGAUUAAAUUUGGAUAUUUUUUAGGCAUUUAGUGAUCAAGUGAUUAGUUAAAAACCAUUCUAAAAAGAGCAUUCCUAUGAAUUUAUUUAAGCAGCAAAGCAAGGGAAAGAAUUUGAAGUCAAAGAGUUUAUAAAAGAUAACAAAUAUUUGGUUUAUGAUUUUGAUUAUAUUUACAUGACGGCUUUACAUUGGGCUUGUAAAAGAGGACACUUUGAAAUUGUUAGACUAUUAGUUGAAAAUGGGGCAGAUAUUGAAUUUCAAGAUAUCAUAGGAAGACCAACACUGUAUUUUGCCAUAAUUGGUAGAAGUGCUAAAAUUGUGAAAUAUAUCUUAGAUAAGAGGGCUGAUCCUUGGUCAACUACUGCAGUAAACUAUAACUAAUUGUGUUUGGAAUGCGAUCCAUCUUUUCAGUAAUUAAUUUCACAAGCAAGAAAGGUUCAUAUAACCUUAAAAAUGACAGCUCCAUCAUAAAGAGAAACUAUAUGGAGAAUAUUACGUAGAUGA